AUAAAAAAAAGAAGAAAAUACACAAAUAGAAAAGGUCAAAAACACGAACCAUGCAGGCCUCUCGAUUCCUUGGCGGGAGAAAUCCUUCAUGGGCCCCACUUGUCCAAAGCCCAACUACCCAGUACCAACUGGGCCCACCAAAGCCCACCAUGAGAUUCCGGCUACCGCCUCCGCCGGCUUCAGCAACAAUUUCGGCCGUGGCCGUGCAAACGCGGCCGCUAAGGACUCACUCCAUGCCGCCGGAGAAAGUUGAGGUUUUCAAGUCUUUAGAGGGCUGGGCCUCGGAAUGGGUCCUCCCACUGCUGAAGCCCGUGGGCCAGUCCUGGCAGCCCAAUGAAUUCCUGCCCGACGCAACGGCGUCAUCCGAAGAGUUCUUCGAUCAGGUUCGGGAGUUGCGCGAUCGGACGGCUGAGCUUCCAGAUGAGUUUUUUGUCGUGCUUGUGGGGGACAUGAUCACGGAGGACGCGUUGCCUACGUACCAGACCAUGAUAAACACCCUGGACGGCGUUAAGGACGAGACUGGGGCUAGCCCAAGCCCAUGGGCCCAAUGGACACGGUCCUGGACCGCCGAGGAGAACCGUCACGGCGAUUUGCUUCGCACGUAUCUGUACCUGUCUGGUCGGGUUGACAUGCUCAUGAUUGAGCGAACUGUCCAGCACCUUAUUGGUGCAGGCAUGGACCCAGGAACAGAAAACAACCCAUACUUGGGCUUCGUGUACACAUCGUUUCAGGAGCGGGCUACGUUCGUGUCACAUGGCAACACCGCCCGAAUGGCGAAGGAAGGCGGCGAUCCAGUGCUGGCGCGCGUAUGCGGGACCAUCGCAGCCGACGAGAAGCGCCACGAGAACGCCUACGCGAAGAUCGUCGAAAAGCUUCUGGAAGUGGAUCCCAGCGGCGCAAUGCUGGCCAUCGCCGACAUGAUGCGGAAGAAGAUCACGAUGCCGGCCCACCUUAUGUACGAUGGGCACGAUCCCAAGCUAUUCGAGCACUUCUCGGCGGUGGCUCAGCGGCUCGGCGUCUACACUGCUGACGACUACGCCGAUAUUCUGGAGUUCUUGAUCGGACGGUGGAAGUUGGAGAAGCUAGAGGGGUUGACGGCCGAGGCGAGAGGUGCACAGGACUUUGUGUGCGGGUUGGCGCCGAGGAUCAGGAAGCUGCAAGAGCGAGCCGAUGAGCGCGCGAGGAAGAUGGAGCCGCAUAGCGUCAAGUUUAGUUGGAUUUUCAACAAGGAGGUCGUUUUGUGAAGGAGAGGAACUUAAUUGUGGGCUUUUCAAAAAAAAAAAAAUAUUGAAUUUAGGGUACUUAAAACUUCAGAGGGGAAACAAAAUUAUAGCAUGUGUUUUUUCUUUUUAUUUGGGAAAGAAAAUGCCCUUUUUUGUCCCCUUUUUUUUUUUAGUAUUACAAAGUGCUUUUGUUUUUAGACCCCUUUGAGUUUUGGUAAAUACUAGGUGAUCUACUUAGAAUUCCCACUA